AUGAACAGAUCCACUCUUAACGGCAAACGCGGCCGCAAUGGCCAUAAAGUGAAGCUCAACUCACUUCUCAAGCGGCGAUUGAAGCGCACAAAACGGGACACCAGUGAUCAUCGCAUGUCCUCCGAUGACAAUGGACGACAGUACGAGUGUUUCGCCAACUGUUCCGCCGCAGACACGGAGCACAUCUAUGGCCACAACAACGGAUCCAUAUGUUUUGCCACAAACAGAGAGUCGGACGACGACAUCGAGAUCGUGGCCGUCAUCUCCGCGCCCACCGCUCAGACCACAGGCGCCGCCACUGCCGGCCCAUCAAUCGCAUCACUUCCGCCACCAGUAUUAUCAUUGCCGCCCGUAGUAUCGUCACCGAUGUCUUCGCCAUCAUUAUCGACAUCAGUGACAACCGUAGACACAGCCAUACAGUCGGUGGCGGUCGCGCAGACCGUACCUAAUGAGGGACGACGGCUGUCUGUGGUCGACACUUUAUUGACCGAAGAAGAGCUUCGGACUGAAGAGGAUUUCAACCGAUUUGACUCAUAUGUAGCCUAUGUUUACGAUCUGUUUGGCGGCCCCGACGACACCCAUGGCCUCGAUGUCGCGCCUAACGACCAAACACUGGUCAACGUUAAGCCACUGGUAACGGAUCCGAUUCAACAGACAGUGUCUGACGAGUCAUUGGGCGUCACUUUAAACACUCAAAUCAGAGGCACUGCUAGUGUUGAACCAGUUGUCGCUGACAAAGCGGUGCCGCAAUUGAUUGCGACCAACAGCGCAGCAACCGUUGAUUGGGAUCAGUCAAGCGAUGGCACAACACCUACCAGUGCCGUCAUGUCAAACACCUUCACUAGUCAUAACUUAACGACAGCCGAGAGAGUUGUGACGGCAUGGAUGACAAUCACCAAAAUGACAUCAAUGGCCACAACGAUAGACAAACUGAUGGUCGCUAUACUAUCCCACGUCGGGCCCGAUCUGUGCCACCGAAUGGUGUCUCAGAUCCAGUGA